AUGUCUCUUUUCUUCGAUUCCCGCAUCAAUCUUCAAGAUGAACUCCCAGCGGUUUCAGCUUGGUCGCAUUCUAUGUACCAGCCUAUCCUCACAAUCGGAACAGCCUCUGGAAAAGUCCUUAUGUUUACUGAAGACGGAGAACCCUAUUCAAAUGUCUCAAUCCAGCGUCAAGCCCUUCCAACUCAGCUUGUAUGGCACCCUUAUUUACCAUUACUUAUAAUCUGUUGGGAUGACGGCGUAAUCUCCUACUGAAACGAAAAUGACGAUAAUUCCGUCAAAGAAGAAAAAUCAGUCCAUGGCUGCCGAAUCCGCGCUUUAAUUAUCAGUCCAGACGGCACCCGAAUGGUCACAGGAGACGAGCAUGGCGUUGUAGGUGUUUGGAGUACCAGCAGAGGCUUAAACCCUAUAUGCCAAUACCACAAAGAAGGUUCCAUUACAAAUAUCGCCUUUUGUGCAUUAGCCACAGAAGCUGGAGAAAUCCCUACACAGGACCAAAUGAACAGGUUUUUCUUUUUUGCUGGGAGCUCUGGGUCGGUACAUUUAGCUGAUGACUUAAAAAGAUGCAGCGAGGUAUGCAAGGUAGGAGGGCAAGUGAAAUCUUUGCUGUAUUAUAAAGAAGAUAAUAGCAUCGUGAUUAUUACGUCGUCGCUAUUAUUGGUGCAGUUUAGGGUGUCACCUAAUGAAAAAUUGGUCCCAACACGAAAAGUGAAGCUGACAGUAGCUGGAAGCCCAGAAAAUAUUUAUACAAUUUGGGGAGGGCCGGGGCUGCUGGUAACUGUGUCUGGAGAUAACAUGGUAAGGCUCUGGAAUUUAGAGAAGGACGCAAAUUAUUUUUUGACGCUUGCAGAUACUGAUAUCACAGGAAAAAUGCUUAUUCUUUUCAUAUAAAAAAUUUAUAUAAUUUUUUUUUAAAAAAUAAAUGGUUUACCUGAAGAAAAACAAAUGGGGAGAUAGCGAUAAAAUAAAUUGCAUUGCUUUUCAUGAGAAAAAAAGAAUCCUUGCUGGUGGCACAAAAGAAGGAAGAGUCAUUAUGUGGAAAUGCAAAUCACUGAUGACUAGUACAUCCCCUGCUAAUCGAGAAGGCUGGGAAGCUCAGCUACCUGUCACUUUGUCAGCUGACCCUAUAAAACAAAUUUCUUGGGCAGACGGAGAAGGCCUGCUUUCUGCGUCAACCGAAAAGACCUUAAGUAUCUUAUCAGAAGCUGACCUCCGCAAAGUAAUAAAAGAUGACAUUAUAGCGCUCCAAGCCUCAAACCACCAAGUAGAAGUCAGACGACUCAAUAGGCUUGAUGCCUCCAUGCAAAUCUAUACCAAUAUAAAAAUUAAAGGGAUGGACGCCUCGACUUCCCAUUGUGUGGUCUGGAAUGGAAAAACAGUCGAAAGCUAUACUAUGCCUGACACAGGGAAUGGAGAAAUGGUCGGGACUUUUAAUAAAAAAUGCUUUAUAGCAGCUGUCCAUAGAGAUUCUAUUAUUAUAUACACAGAAGGGCAGAUUGAGAUUUGUAAUAUGCAAGGGACAGUUAAACAGACUGUUUUGAUGCCAGAAAGUGAAGGAGAAGUUAAUUGUAUUAAUGUGAUGGGAGAUAAUAUGCUGAUUACCACAGAGUCACAUAUAAAACUGUUUGACUUGUCAAGAAGAGAAUAUAAACAGAGAGGAAUGCCAAGGAAAUUUGAAGAUAAGCAAGGGCAAAGCUUGGGAAUUAUUAAGGGGGGAAGUAUUAAUGCAAAUGGUACAAAGGUGGCACUGCUGGUAGACCAAGCUCCAAAGUCGUCAAUUAUUUUCCCAGAUUCUACUAUUUAUGUGUAUGACUCUGAUUUCCAGGAAUUUUUUGUUUUAAAAAUCAAUAGAUUUUGCAAAAAAAUGAAUAAAAGGCUUAUUCCUAAGAUAUAGAGCCCUUGACUCUGAUAUUGACAAUUUUAUGCACCAUGAUUUUGGGUAUACACAAAUUCCUGUCGACUCUUGCUGGGACACGCAAGAUCCUAGGCUUCUUUUUGUCGAAACAGAAGGCAUAUCAGGUGUUGGCGAAGAAGAAGCCCAAGAAAAUAAGGCCGAAGAACAAUUUAACCAAGCCGUCACCCUGUUCGUGACCUCAGAAUACGGGAUCACAAGGCAGGACUCUAUAAAAAUACAAGGCGAUAUCUGUGGUACAAUUGGAAUUUCUGUCCCUUAUUGGUUUUUCAUCGGAAAAGACGUAGGAAAAGACAAUCUUUCUGGGAUCGGAAAAAUCAUCAAAAAGUCCUUAAGGGACUUUACAGGCCUUGAAAAUUGUGACGAAAAUGUCAAAAAAGCUAUCCCAUUUUCUAUAUAAAAAAAAAUAAAAAAAUUUAUAAUCCCUAGUCUGUCUAAUAAGGAAUAUAUUGAACUUCAGCUUCUACAUGACCUCAGGGAACAUGGACGAAGCUUAUAAAGCAGUCAAAACCAUUCAAAACGUAAACGUCUGGGAAAACAUGUGCACCAUGAGUGUAAAAACCAAAAGGCUUGACGUUGCUGAAGUCUGUUUAAGUAACAUGAGAUUUGCAAGAGGCGCCAAAGCAGUCAGAGAAGCCAAAACUGAGCCAGAAAUUGAAGCAAGGCUUGCUAUGGUAGCAGUCGAGCUUAAUAUGUUAGAAGAAGCCAAACAGCUUUAUAUAGAAUGUGGAAGGUAUGAUUUACUCAAUCAAAUGCAGCAGGCCUGUGGAAAUUGGGAUGGAGCUUUGGAGACUGCGGAAACUCAUGAUAGGAUUAACUUAAGGACAACCUAUUAUAAACUAGCAAGGCAUUAUGAGUCUAUACAAGAUUUUUCGACUGCGAGGGAGUAUUAUGAAAGAGCUGACGUCCAUAGAGAAGAAGUCCCAAGGAUGCUUUAUAGCAAUAUGAGGGUUCAGGACUUGGAAAGGUAUGUUAAUGAUAAAAAAGACCCGAAACUUUAUAAGUGGUGGGCUCAGCUGCUAGAAAGCAAGCAAGAUCCUAAUGGCGCUUUGAAUUUUUAUGCAUUUUUAUAAAACUUCACAAAUCUCAAGUCUUUAAUAUGAAAAUGGUAUAUUUGAGGUAAAAACUAUGACAAAUUGAAUAAAUCAGCUAUUUUUAACCUAAAAUACUCAUUAUUUUUUAAUUAAUUAUUAAUUAAUAUAAAAAUUUUCUAGCCUCCAUUAGCCUUGUAUAUCAUAUACAAGCUAGCUGGAGAUCUGGGCUCUUGUGUUAGAGUCCACCUGACUAAAGGAAGUGUCGAAGAGGCCAUAAAAAUCUGCAAAGAAAAUGACACUAAACUUGGCUGCUUAUUUUUAGCUAAAUAUAUGGAAGAACAAGGAGAUAUCCGUGAAGCUAUCCAGCUCUACAAUAAAGCUGACCGAUUCCACCAUGCAGUAAGACUAGCCCGAGACAAUAAACUUGACGGAGACCUUAUGAGCUUAUCCCUACGAAGCGAAAACUUCAAAAUAAUGCUCCAAACAGCCAAAUAUUUCGAAGAAAAACAUUUAUUUGACCGUGCAAUUAAACUUUAUCACAAAGGCAAAAAUGUAAAAAAAGCUUUAGAUCUAUGCUUCCGAGAGCAUAAUUAUGAAUAUUUAAGGACAUUAGUGGACGAUUUAGGCGAAGAAGAAGACCCUACAACACUUUUGAGAGCUGCUGACUAUUUUAUGCAAGAAAAUAUGCAUGAAAAAGCAGUCCAUCUUUUGGUGUCUGCUAAACAGUACUCUAAAGCUCUAGAAAUAUGCUUGGCCCACAAUGUAAAAUUAGACGAUAAUGUGGUCGAAAAACUCAUACCUGACGAUGGAAUUAUGGACCAGCAAAAGAAAGAUCUUAUCAGGAGCAUCGCAAAACUAUGCAAGCGUCAAGGAUCUUUUCAGAUGGCUUGCAAGCUAUUCACGAAAUUGGGAGAAAAACUUAAAGCAUUUAAAUGCUUAUUAAGGCUUGGAGACAUUGAAAAAAUAAAAAGUUAUGCAAAUACUGCGAAAAAUGCACAAAUUUAUAUACUUGCAGCAAACUUUCUGCAGAACACGGACUGGCAUAAUGCAGAUGUUAUGAAAAGCAUUAUUUUCUUUUAUACGAAAGCAAAGGCCUGGGAUUCUCUUGCGAACUUCUUUGAUGCGUGUGCAUCAGUUGAAAUUGAUGAGUACCGAGACUAUGAAAAAGCUUUAAUAGCUGAAAAUGAGGCCUUAAAAUUCCAAGCCAAAUCUGCAAAUCCUCAAAAAGAUAUUUUAUUCCAGCAGUUCCAAAGGAGAAAAGCCAUAAUGGAACAAUUUGUGAACGCUAAAAGACUAGUUCAGUCUAGCCCUGAAGAAAUGGUAAAAAUGUGUUUACAACUAUUAGAAGUCCAAGGUGUUGACCAAGCUAUAAGGAUAGGCGACGUGUAUUCUUUAUUAGUGGAAUAUUACUAUGCACAGCAGAAUUUUGCACAAGCUCUCCAGCUUAUUAACAAGAUGAAGCAGCGAAGGAUCAUUUUGAAUCCUUAUUUAGACCAAGAGAUGGUAGAAAGGAUUUAUCAUCAGAUGGGAAUUCGAGUAGAAAAUGAAGACUCGGAGUAUAUUGAAUAA